AUGUUCCUGUCUCUUCCGACGCUCACAGUCCUCAUCCCCCUGGUGUCCUUAGCAGGAUUGUUCUACUCUGCCUCUGUGGAGGAGAACUUCCCACAGGGCUGCACCAGCACCAGCAGCCUCUGCUUUUACAGCCUACUCUUACCCAUCACUGUUCCCGUAUAUGUCUUCUUCCACCUCUGGACCUGGAUGGGUAUCAAACUCUUCAGGCACAACUGAUGCCACAAGAACCCUGGUGGUAUAUUUAUUAAUAAAAGGCUUAAAGGGUGAAUCUCUCAGUGGAAAUACUGGAAAGACACUAGGCAUUGCUUCUGUGAGCAGCUCAAAGCCAUGGUGCAUACCUAGUAAAAGCUUAUUCUGCUGUUCUGCCCUUAAAAAGCAGUAAUUUGUAACAGGUGUAUCAAAAAAUAAAUAAAUAAAAACAGUUGGGAAUUA